AUGGAAAUAAAAAAGAGUGUUUUAAUUUUGUUUUUAUUAUAUGUCUUUAAUUAUAUUAAAAAAGAAGAAAAUAUAAUAAAUAGAUAUGAGAAUAAUUACAACAUUUAUAAAUUAAAUAAAGUAAACCAUUUUUCUCAAAAUUAUGCAAAUAAAAAAACAUGUUUUCCAAUAGAAAGAAAUAUAAAUAAUUUUAACAGUUUCUUAUUUGACAAAUUCAUUAAUGAAGAUCUUUUUUUUUUAAGAAUGCACCACGAUGAUCAAAGAUAUAAAGUGCUAAAUUUAGAUCAAAAAAAAAUUAUAGUAUCCAUAUAUUUAAAUAAUUAUCUUUUGAAGAAAAAACAAUUCAAAAUGAGUUUUAGACAAAUGGUAAUUCUAUUAUAUUGUAAUUUUAUGAAUACUAUUAUUAUAACAGUUUUCAAAAUGAAAAAGGAAAAUAGAGAAAUAAAUGAAUGCAUAUUAUGUUUUAAAGAAAAAAAAAAUAUUUAUCUCAUAAGGAAAGUAAAUAAAAACGAAGAAAAAAAUAACAUAAUUUUUAAAAAUAUAGAACUAUAUUUCACUAAAAUAAAUAAAUUUUUGAUGCUUUAUAAACAUAUGACAAAUAAUUAUUUUUCAAAAAAUAUAUUUAUUUCUAUAGAAUAUUUGAUUUCUAAAAUAAAAAAAUAUGUUGUUAUAAAUCCUCUUUUUAUUGUAAAAAAUAAAAAACAAAGAUAUCUGAAUGAAUUGAGAAAUUUAGAAAGAAAUCCAAUAGAAAAUAAUAAUAUUAAUAUAAAAAUAAAAAAAAAUAAAGGUAAUAGCAAGAAAGAGAGUAUUAAAAAAAGUAGCACUAAUGUAAGCAUAGAUCAAGAAACGAAUAAUAACAUUACUAAAUUAAAUAAAUUUUCAUUUUUAAUUAAAAGCAAAUUAAGAAGAGGAUACCUUAAUAUAUAUAGUUCAAAUAAUAAAAAUGAAUCAAAAUUAAAUAAUGAAGAAGAAUAUAUGAUUCCUUAUUUUGCAACUAAUCAAGAAUUUAUAAGAAGUGAACAAGGACUAACAUCUUUAAAAAUAAAAGGUAAGUGGUUAAUGAAUUUCAAAGGAGACGAACUACUCAUAUUUGAUUCAUUUGUAAAAUGUGAAGGAAAAAUCAUUGCCAAUGUUAAAAUAAAGGAAAAAAAAAAUUUUUAUAUCUUAACUCAUCCAUUUAAGUUUAGUGAAAAAGGCACAUUCAUUAUUUGCGUUCAAAAAAAAGUAUUACAAUCUAUUGGUUUAGUUAAAAUUCAAAAACAAAUAGUUGACGAAUUCGAUUCUUUAAUUGAUAUGAAUUUGAUAUCUAAAUUUAAUUGUAUUAAUAAUGAUACAUCAACUAUGGUUUUAAGAAAUGAUAAAAUAAGAAUUAUUUCUUCCAUAGAUAAAGGGAUACGUUCAAUUUUAUCAUUAGAUACUGAUAGAGCAUUAGAAAUGAAAAAAAAUAAAUUUAAUCUUUUAGCAUGUUCGACAUAUAGAGAAUAUAUUACUCUCUUAGAUAAAGAACUUGUUGUUAUUAUGGAUAUAAAAAGAAGACAAAUAGAAGAAGCAAUUUUUCAUCAUUUAACUAACCCAGUUGAUAUAUUUUUAGAUGGAUACAGGAUUUUCAUCACUGAUGCAGAUAGAAAAAAUAUUUUUUACUAUAAUUCGAUUUUUCUUAAAAAAAAAUAUGAUGAUAACUCUGAAUCAGAAGAAGAAAAUAUAAAAAUAAAACCAGAUUUAGAUAAAAAUGAUAAAGAUUUAAAUCUUAACUCUGAUGGAAUAGAAAAUGAUAAUAAGUUAGCAGAAAAAGAAGAAAUUACUCAUGGACAAAUGGAAGAAAAUCUUACAGAUGAAAAUGAAGAAAAAAAUAAAGAUUCUAUAGAAAACAAUACCAUUAAAUAUAAAAAUAAUGUUGAAUUAGAUUAUAUAACAAAUGGGGAUCAUUAUAUUCUACAUGAUGUAUAUUUUUGGAUUAAGAUAAUUAAUUCUCAGAGCGAAAAUAAAAUUCCAGAAGCUUUAAUGGAUGGCGUUAUAACUUUAAUAUAUCCUGCAGGUAUUGUAGUAGUGGAAAACAAGGUUUAUUUUGUGGACACAGGGUUACAUAUGUUGUUUUGCUUUUGCCUAAUUAAAAAAAAAAUUAUACAAACAUUUGGGUAUCAUAAUAUUCCAGUAAAAAAUAAAAAUGGGUUAGAUAAACCCUAUUCCUUAUCCCUUUUUAAAACUAAUCAUGGAAGAAGAAAUCUUUUGUUUUUAAGUGAAUUAUCAAGCUCAAGAAUAUUAAUAUUUGAAACUUAUCCGGUUAUUAAAUUAUAUUUAACCUAUAAUAAUAUAGUUUUUGAUAUAAACACUUCAGUUUUAACAACUCCCCUUUUUUUAAUAGUAUGUGGGUUAAAAUACAAUAACGAAAAUUUUAAAAGCUACAUAACCUUUAUUAAUAUAAAUGAAUUGUCUGAAAUCGAGAUAGAAUACGAUGAAUUUCCUAAUGUUUUUAAAAAUGGGGAACUAUUUAAUUUUAUACCCUUAAUAAAAAGUGACAACAUUAAAAAAUUCGAAAUGAAAGUAUAUGAACGUCAUUCUAAAAAUCUUAUAAAAACGGGAUUAAAUAUUGAUAAACAAAGUGGGGUUAUAAGUGGUAGAAUUACAAUUUCUGCAAGGUUUGAUAUUAAAUUAGUAGUAUAUGAUUUUUUUAAAUAUAAAGUUUUAAAUUUUUCAAAUUUUUUAUCUACAUGUCCUAAGGGACAUUAUUUUAUACUUAAAACAUGUCUACCAUGUCCUGUAGGAUUUUAUUCUACUUACUCAAAUAUACUUAAUUGUAUAAGUUGUAAUAGUUACAAACCGAAUUCAACAACAUUCCAUAGUGGAUCGAUUUCAAAAUAUGAAUGCUUAUGUAAACCUGGUUAUUACUUAAGAGAGGGCAAAUGUCAAAAAUGCCCUCUAGGUUUUUAUAAAGAUCAAAUAGGAGAUUUUACGUGUCAAUUUACAUGUGAUAAUAAUCAAAUUAGUACAGUUAAAGGAGCAGCAAGUUAUGAAGAAUUAAAAUGUAUUUGUAAAGAUGGAUAUUAUUUAGAUGAUCGUUCAAAAUGUGUCCCAUGUCCUUUAAACAAUUAUUGCCUUUAUAACCCACAUGCUAAAAAUAAAGCUGAUAUUAUACCUUGCAAAAAAAAUAGAUUAACACUUAAAAGAGCAGCAGAUUCAGACAAAUAUUGCUUAUGUGCACCAGGCUAUUUUUAUGAUUCUCAUUCAAAGGACUGUAAAAUAUGUGAUUUCAAAGAUUUCAAAGGGAACAUUUCUAAUGAUUUAUGCAAUCCAUUUAAAAUUUCUCCUACUUCUACACAAGAAUUUUUAACUAACGAAAAUUACAUUGAACAUUAUAAUAAUAAGAUAGGUAAAACAACUAGUAUCAUUUUUUCAUCGAAAAAAGGUUCCACAUCUUUGCAUGAUGCAUAUCUUUGUGAAACUGGAUAUUUUUAUAGUAUGAAUAAAUCUAUUUGUUCUGUAUGUAGGUAUAAUAAUUAUUGUGAAGGGUUAGAUCAUACAAUAAUGCCAUGUCCUCAAAAUUCUGUUACCAUAAAAUUGAAGAGUUUUAGUAUUUUAGAUUGUUUAUGUGAAAAAGGAUAUGGAAGAAUAAUUAUUAAUAAAUUAAAAUCAUUUACUAUUUCUUGUGUGUUGUGCCCUUAUGAUACCUUUCAACCUCAUCAUUCAUCUGGAGAAUGUAUUCCUUGUCCCACUCAUACUUUUACAAUGUCUGUGGGAUCGACUUCUAUUACAGAUUGUUUGCCUAAGAGAGGGUACUACAAUGAAUUUUUUGAGCAUAUUUAUAAAUAUUCAAAGAAAAAAUUAAUGCAGAAAAAUACCCAAUUUUUGCAGUACUUCCAUCUUUAUUUAAAUAAUCAAUACAAAAAAAUUAACAAAAAAAUAAAAAGGGUAAAGAAUGAUAAUUGUUAUAAGGCAUAUUAUGAAAGUAAAAGUGAUAAGGAUACGGAUAAUGAUAAUAACAUAAUUUAUGAAAGUUAUGAAAAUAAAAAUUAUAGUGAUAAAAGGGAUCACCAUUAUAAUAGAAUAGAAAAGUAUUACAAAAAAGAUAAUUGUGAUUAUAAUAAAAAAUAUUUUUCAAAAAAUAUGAUCUACAAUAAUUAUGACAAAGAGAAACUUUUAAAUGGGAAUAUUAAUAAAAGCAAAUAUAUGGAUAUAGAAGAAAAUAAAAGUAUAAUUAAUUUUCCAAAAAUAUAUAAUAGAAUACACAACUUAAAAGGGGUAUAUAGCAAUGUAUUUCAUACAAAUUAUUUGAAAAAUAUUCUCUUAAUGGAUAGUUACAAAACUUAUCAAUUCCUAGAAGAAAAUGGUUCUAUUUUUUACGUCAAUGAAAAAAAAGAUCAUGAAGAUGUUUAUGAUAUUGCAAAACACAGAAGUGAGUUAAUAAAAAAAAACAUUUUUGAUAAAAGACAAAUAAGAAUAAAAUCAAGGUUGAAGAGACAUUCAGUGAAAAAUUUAAGUAAUCCAGAAAAAAAAAAUAAAAGAUUUAAAAAAAAUAAAAAUAGAAUAUCAUAUUCAGUAAAACAUAAAAAUUUAGUAAAUUAUAUUGAUAUAGUUGCUCAAAAAAAGGAUGAUAUAAUAAAAACAAUAAAAAUAAGAGAAGAAAAUUACUCUACAAAUAUCACGAAGGCCAUAAUUUAUGAAUGUUAUGAAAGUGAAAAAAAAAUAAUACUAGGGAGAAAUGCAUAUAUAUCUACAAUCCCUGAAUUAGAUGUAAUAAGUUGUUUAAAUGUAUGUAUAUCCAAUAUAUAUUGUACAGGUAUAGAAAUGGAUAAAAAAAAUGAUAAAGGAAAAAUAGACUUAUCUUUUAUUUUAUAUAAAAGUUCGGGAAAAGAAAUGAUUUCUUUUUAUAAAUGUAAUUUAUAUUUCUAUGAGGAAAUUAAAUCAUAUUAUAUAAAUAAUAACUUAAAAGAAAUAACAAAUGUAAUUGAAUAUGAUGAUACAGGUAAAAUAGUAAAUUGCGCAGUAGAAAGGAAUAAAAUGCUUAAAUUAUGGAAAAUAUAUGUCUUCAAUAUAUGCCCAAAUAACUAUUAUUGUAAUAGGGAAUCGUUUGAGAAAAGUAAAUGCCCUUUGAAUUCUGUAAAAAGAAAUUACAAAGGAACGAUAGAAAAAUGCUUAUGUUUACCUGGUUUUUUUUUAAAAAAAGAUUUAAAUAUUUGCAUACCUUGUGAAAAAGGAACUUACAAAAAUAUCAUAUCUAAUGAUGAAUGUAUGAAAUGUCCUCUUAAUUUUACUACAUCUGAUGAAGGUUCAAAUUCAAUAUAUGAUUGUACUUGUAGAGAAGGAUAUUAUUUUAGUGGUAGUAAUACUAUUAAAUUAAUAGAUAUAAAAAAGGAAAAAGAUGUGAAUAGGAUAAAAGAAAGUCAAAAAAAAAAUAAUUUAAUAUUAACUCAACAAAAUGAUAUCGAAGAUAGGGAAUAUAACUUAGGCAAAUAUAAAUCUAAAGGAAGAAAAAAAAAAUUUCUUAUAAAAAAAGAUAAUAUUCUAGAAAAAAUAAAAAAUGUUAAAACAGAAAAUGUUAUUCAUGAAAAGAAAAAUGAACAAGUAAUGGAUAAACAAAAUAUAAUUUUAGAAAAUAAUAAUGUGACUUUCAUUCAAAAAAAAAAUACAUAUUUAAAAAAUUCACAUGUAAAUCAUAUGCUUGUAAAAAAUCACUCGAAAAAACACACUAAUCACUUAUAUUUAAAUUAUGAAAACUCUGAUGAAUAUCAUAAAUAUAUGGAAGAUAUGAAAUGUUUAAAAUGUCCCAAAAAAAUGUUUUGCCCAGGUUUAUGGCUCAAAAAUUUCGAGAAGGAAAUCCAUCAUCCCCCAAUUUUUUGCCCUGAAGGAUCUUUUAUUCCUGAAACUACACUUGAAUCGACGGAUAUUCAUAAAUGUUUAUGUGGGAAAGGAUAUAGAUUAAAUUUAAAAAAUAAAAAUAAAAGAUGUGUAAAGUGUGAAGCAAGAUAUUAUAAAGAUGUAAUAGAUAAUUCCUUAUGUGCUGGUUUAUGCAUGGAAUUUGCUACUUCUUUCGAAGGUUCUGUUAGUAAAAAACAAUGUUUUUGUACAGAAGGAAAAUAUAUGAUUAGAGAAUCUUCAAAAGAAAUGAAAUGUGUAAAUUGCUCAGAAGGUUCAAUAUGCAUUGGUGGUUUUAAAUUAAAAUCAUUAAAAAAUUUAAUAAAUAAUCAAUAUUUUAUAGAUUUAGGUAUUUAUGAUCAUGUUAUCCCAUUUCCUAAAAAAGGAUACUUUUCUACUUUUCAAAUAGAUCAUGAAGAUUUUGCAUGGGUUCCACUGAACUCUCUUAAUAUUGAAAUAAAUAAUAACGAAAAUAAUAACAUAAUAAUUAAUGAAAAAAUAAUGAAGAAUAUAUUUCAUAAAAAAUUAAGUUAUAUUACUUUAGAAACAAAUCACAAUAUAAAUAAAAAUGAAAAUUCUAAAAUAGAAGUUAAUUAUAUUAGUGAUAAGUUAUUUGACAAUUUAAAAAUGGGUGACGCAUUAAGUGAUACUCAAAAACCAAUAUUAGUUACUGAAAAACUAGAAAAAAUAAAAUACAAAAAUAAAUAUUUAACUGUAGAUAGGGUUCCUGAUGUUCAUCUAUGUCCAAUUACAAAAAGAUGUGUUGGAGGUGUUAAUAAUUUAUGUUAUGAAGGAUCAGAAGGAUACUUAUGUAAUAAUUGUUCAGAAAAUUAUGACAUUAUUUAUUUUAGAUCUCAAUGUUUUAAAUGUAAAGGAACAAAAACAGAAUUACUAUAUUUUAUGAUUCGUAAAAUUUUUUUUUACAUAUUAAUCUUAUUAUUAGUUUAUAUGAAUUAUUUCUGUUAUUUAAAAAGGAAUUAUGUAUUUAUAGGGAUAUUAAAAAUAUGGUAUUUUUUUAUUAUUUGUUUUUUACCUUAUGGUUUUAUAUUAGAUCCUAUUUCAAAUUCUUUCAAAAAUUAUAUAUUAUAUUUUCAAAUUUUGAUUAAUUUACCAUUGAGAUUUAUUGGUCAUUAUUUUAAGUUUAAUUGUUUUUUCAGUUCUUACAAUAAUGAGAAAUAUAUUUUUAUAUGGUAUAUACAAAGAUUUGUAAAAAUUACGGAGCCUAUAAUUGAUUGUGCUAUUUUGACUUUCAUUGUUUUUUUAACAUACCUUAUAUAUACUUUUUAUAAUUAUAAAAAAAUAAAUAUAGUUCAAAAAGUUAUUAAAAAACAGCUAAAUAAUGUGAAUGAAAAUCCUUAUUAUAUGCAUGUAUCUGAUUUCUAUUACCAUUACUAUCAAAGGCAAAUGAUUGAUACAAUAAAAAAUAAAAAUAAAACUGUUACUUUUAAAAAAUGGGAACAAAGUUAUUUUGUAAAUGAAUAUUCAUCAUAUGAAGACAAUUAUAUGAAUUUUAAUGAAAAUAAAGGAAUAAAAAAGCAAAAAAACAACAAAACUGUAGAUACUUCAUAUGAUACUUCUACUUCCGAUAAUAAUAAAUUGUCUAGUUUUGAAAGUUUCUCAUAUAACAAAAGUUUAUUAAAUAAAAACAAAUCUUCUAGUUAUGAAAAUAUGUAUAAUUUUAAUGAUAACUUUCAUAAAAAUAAAUUACCUAAUUAUUCUAUAAAAGAAAAUAUUUCAAAAGAUAAGUAUUGGACAUAUAUAUGCUUACUAAAUAUCUACAACAUCAGGGCCCUAGGAUUAUUUCGUUAUAUACAUCCCUAUAAUAUUAGCCUAUUCAAUAAAAUAAAAAGAAUUUUUUCAGAUUUAAUAUCAGUAUAUAUAAUUGUUCUAUAUAUUUAUUUUCCUUUUAUACUUAUUAACUUAUUAGAACUUAUAUGGUGCCAACAAAUACAAUACAAAAACGAACGUCCUAUAUUCGUAUUAUAUCAUAUGCCUUCACAAGUUUGUGAUUUCAGGAAUAAAUUAUUUUUAUCAGGUGUAAUUUUUUCUUCUUUUUUUUUUUGUGGAUUUAUAAUUUUAUUUAUAACUUACAACUACAGUACUAUGAGAAAUUUUAAAUUUUUUUAUUCUUAUUCCAGUCAAUUAAAGAGUUAUUUUUUAUUUAAUGGACAUAAUUAUCAAAAUAGAUGUUGGGAAUUUGUUAAUAUAAUAAAAAUAUUUUUUGUUAUGAUAUCAUUCAUUUGCCAGUUAUAUACAAAAAGAGAUAAUAACUCUAAAUAUUUUAUUUGUUGCUGUAUUGUUUUUAUUUUAACAACUGAUGUUACUUUAAUUUUAUUAUAUUCCCCAUAUGAUAAAAGAUCUAACAACGUAUUACAUAAAUUAGGUUUGUCCUCCUCUUUUUCUAUCCUUAUAUCAUAUUUAACACUACAAUUCAAUUUCUUUUUUAACUUCGUUAUAAUAAAUAUAUUACCAAUCCUAUUAUUUGUCUAUUUUCAUAUAUAUAUGAUAAAUAAAAUUAUACUAGAAUUUGCAAUAUAUGAAAAUAUUUUUAAAAGUAAAGAAAUCACAGAAAAUAUAGAGAAAAAAAAUUCUGAAGAUUUAUUGAAUGAAAACACAUUUUUCUUUUCUAAACAAAAGAAUAAUGAAAACUUCAUGAAUAUCAAAAUGUGUGAAAGUUACAAAAAAAAUAAUAAAUUAAAAAAAAAAACAAGUUUACAAGGUAACAAUAAUGAUAAUAAUAUUUUUGAUUUCCUUUUAAGAUUAAAUAAAAUUCCAUUUAAUUAUAUUUUUUUCAAUGAGAAAGAAGAAGAAAUUUUUUUGUUGCCAAAAAAUUUUAUGAAAAAAAAAUGUGAAAAAACAAUAAAUAGUUUAAAAGCUAAAAAUUUUAACAUAGCUAAAACAAGAAUAAGUUUAGAUUUGUUACACUCUGAUUUACAUUACUACAAUAUCAGAAAGCAUUCAAACAAAUACUCUUCUAAUAUAAAUUAUUCAGACUUAAAAAAAACAAAUAGUAGUUUUGAUGAAUUCAUUGAAAAAAAAUUAUCAAAUAAAUCUUUCAAUUCCUUAAAUAAAGAAAAGAAAUUCUCUAAAAAAAAGUAUUUAAGCAAUAUGGAUGUAUAUCCUUCAGAAGACAAUAAAUUUUCCAAAAAUGUAAAGCAGUUCAUAAAUUGCUUAAUAGAAGCAAUAAAUAUAUUAUUUGUUAAUCAGUCAUAUAAUCAAAUAACAGUUGAAUGGUUAAGCUUUAUUACAAGAUUUUCUAUUUGCUUUAUACAUUGGAUGAAAAACCAUGAUGAAAAUUUAAUUAAUCUUGUUCCUUUAAAUAAAAGACAAUUUGAAUUAAAAAAGAGAAAUCUUUUAUUUUAUUCUUUAUUUAGCUCUUAUUCAGAGACUUAUUCCAUAUAUUUGGGUUUUGAUAAAAACAAUAAAUUUACCAAUUUUAUAGAAAAUUUUGUAAAAGCGGAAAAUUUAGAAAGUUUUUAUGUUUAUUUAAAAAAGUUUGAGAAUACUUUAAAAAAGUCGAGUACUUCACAUGUUCAAACAUCUCAUAAUUGUCAAAAUAAUGAUGAACGAAAAAAUUAUUCAUAUAGUAACUUUUUGGAAGAUAAGUUUUAUAGAUGUGAACAAGAUUUAAUUAAAAUGCUAUUUGAUGAAAAUAUAUUUAAAAAAUUAUCAAUCUCAUUAGUAGAAUUUUAUUUUGCUAUUUAUAUGAUCCAAUUUAUUGAAAGCAAAAAACUAUCCAUUUUAAUUUUUCUGUUUUGCGAAAAAAAAAGUAAUUUAAAUAAGGAAAAACAAUUUUUAAAACAAAUAGAAUCUAGAAGUAAGAAAAUUCAAAAUAUGAAAUAUAGCGAUAAUAGUAAUAAAGUUUAUGAGUUUAUUGAAUAUUGUUAUUUGAAAGAAUCUAAUGAAAUAAUGAAAAAACAAAUUAAAAAAUUACAAAGCUUAAUUAGAAAAAAAGAACAAAAAUUAUUAAAAAAAGAAAAAAUGAAAAGUAUAAAAUGUGCACAUAUAAAUCAAAAAAACAAAAUUACUAAUUUAAACUCCUGUUUUGUUCAAACUUUGAAAAAGCUUUUAGAAGAACCACCUUCAUGUACAAACAAAUUACAACAAAAUAUUUCAAGUUAUGCAAAGGAGAAAAAAGAGUCAAAUAAUUUAAUAAAUGAAGUGAAGGAAAAAAUAGAAUUAGAUAAAGAGGAAAAACGUAAAUAA